GCGCCUAGCACGUACCCUUGCCUCCGCGAACGUCUCCCUUAUAAGAGUGUCCCGCGCGCCACGCCGUCUGUUUCCAAGGUAACCCUGGAGCCUCCUAGUAAGACGGCGUGCGCCGUCUGGGUAUCCCGCGCGCCCCCUCCCCGCCAUGGCCGCCGCGGGUCCCAGUGUCUUCCUUCUCAUGGUCAACGGGCAAGUGGAGAGCGCCCAGUUCCCUGAGUAUGAUGAUCUCUACUGCAAGUACUGCUUUGUGUAUGGUCAAGACUGGGCUCCCACGGCGGGUCUGGAGGAAGGCAUCUCCCAGAUCACCUCCAAGAGCCAAGAUGUGCGGCAAGCGCUGGUGUGGAACUUCCCCAUCGACGUCACUUUUAAGAGCACCAACCCCUAUGGCUGGCCCCAGAUCGUGCUCAGCGUAUAUGGACCAGACAUGUUCGGAAACGACGUGGUCCGAGGCUACGGGGCAGUGCACGUGCCUUUCUCACCCGGGCGGCACAAAAGGACCAUCCCCAUGUUUGUCCCAGAAUCUACAUCUAAACUACAGAAGUUCACCAGCUGGUUCAUGGGACGGCGGCCUGAGUACACGGACCCCAAGGUGGUGGCCCAGGGUGAAGGCCGGGAAGUGACCCGCGUCCGCUCCCAGGGCUUUGUCACCCUCCUCUUCAAUGUCGUGACCAAGGAUAUGAGGAAGCUGGGCUACGACUGCGGGGCGCUAGACACGCACGGCAUUUUGGGGGCCAGCCCCCCUGAGGACCUUCCCCGGUGAACCUGCACACAAGCGGCCACUUAGCCAGGCGGA